UGUUAAGCAUGGGAAUCAAUUGUAUUCAGGGACAAAGGAGUGAUAUGUUGUGUUGCGAUACACAGGGGUGUCAAUUCGCAGUCACGCACGCUCACCGGCAGAACACACUACCACGCACGUGCAUCCAUCGACAACGAAAACAAAACACUGUCAGUCAGUCAGCACAAAAAAUACAAAGAGGCCGGCGAGCGCCUGAGCACACACACGAAGAAACGCACUCUCUGCUGCAUUAAUCGAUCCCUGCCUCUCUGACCUCGAGUUGGUGUCUCUGCUGUGUGAGGACCCAUGUGUGUCGUCAUGUCAUGCGGGCGGCAGAUGGCAGUUCAUGACUCGGAUGGCCCCGUCCCCGCCGGCCACCGCCACCAUCGAACUGUCACACGAAAAAUCAACCUGAGACAGACAGACAGACAGACAGACGGACAGACGGACAGACGGACAGACAGACAGACAGACAGACAGGGAGAGAAUGAGGACACCGAGCGAAUGAACGAAUGAGGCAUCCGUCCACUCCACCGACCGUGUAGCACCCCUUUGCCAUCGACGUGAUGGUGCCAAGCGGCGCCUGAAACACAGACACACACAUAGGUGGCAUCAAUUCAGGCAAAGAUUGUUCGCCCCUUUCUGUCUGUCUGUCUGUCUGUCUGUCUGUGUGUGUCGGCCGGCCCAUUGUGUGAUUUAUUACGUAGUCGGAUUCCCUGUCGAAUAUCUUGGCCUCGUUGGCCCCGCUGCCGCCGGCGACGAUGAGACAGGAGGUGCUGUCCUUGCUGAACUCGGCGGCGUAGACCAUGCACUGCUCCCGGGAUGUGCUGUCGGCGGUUUGCCAGGGGAUGUCGGUGAUCUUCUUGCCGGUACCAAAGUCCCACAGCUGUAGCUGCUCAGUCGGUCGCCACGAACCCGUCAGAAUCGUGUCGCCAUCAGCUGUAUGCAUGGCAUGGCAUGGAAGGGGAGACAAUCGACGUCCGUCCGUCCGUCGGGAGAGAGGGGUUGGUCCGUCCUUUGCUUGCCUGCGAUGUCGACUGCGUCUCCGGCGACGAAUGGCCCAUAGAUGGUGCGGAUAGCGGCUUGCGAGCGUGUGUCCCAUACCUGCACGGUGUGGUCCCAGCCGCCCGUCACCAGCAGGUGCUUGGCCGUCGGGUUGAACUUGAGCGAGAACACACGAUUCGCGUGACCGAUGUGCGCACCCAUCUCAGCACCUAACGAGACGAGACGAGACGAGACGAGACAAGGAGAAAAGCAGCCAUCCAUUUCUUACAUACAUGUAUCACUCGUCUGGCCAUCUGUCUGUCGCGACCGUCGCGUGCAGCCAGCCCCUGACUGACUGCCUGACCUUUGAGACUGGUCGAUAGCUGUUUGGUGGCCUCGUCAUAGACAUGGAUUUCCCUGUUUUUGCCGGCGACAGCGAAUGUGGUUCCGUCCUCGGAGUAGUCGCAGCAGAAGAGCUGGUUGUGGUUCUCGAUGAUCUGGUGGAGGCACUUGCCUGAGGCAAUGUGCCAGUGCUGCACCACACCGUCGCUGUUGACGCUAAUCAACACAUUCUUGGUCUUCGACACGGCCUUGUUGGGACGCCAACGCACCUGAUGGACGCGUGGAUAGAUGGAUGGACACAUCGUCCGUCCAUGAGAUGGAUGGGUGUUGGCUGCCUGCCUGUGUGGUGGGGGAGCCGCCUGCUUGGUUGAGCACAUACGCCUGCCGCCCCGUGGACGUGUUGAAUAUCUUGAUAGCACCGUUGCUGCACGCAGCUGAACACAUAUAUACACACAGCCAGCGGAGAGAGAGGGCAUGAACGAUGGCAUUUGUAGUGCCAUCGUUGGCUUCUCUUCCUUCCCUUACACCCUUUAUCCUCACUCACCCGCCAGGUAAGCGUCGUCAGGCGAGAAGCGAAUGCAGAGAAUCUCAGACGUCACAUCGGAGAGGAUGAACCGAGGCGUUAUCUUCUUGCCCGUACGCCGCGAUGGAGAUACUGCCAUCUUAAGACACCCUAGGCAAGGAACCUACAGAGCUUUCGCGAAUCCGCCUUCGCAGUCUC